AUGAGUCACAAAGUAACAGAGCUGGGCUAUUAUAUAGGAGAUAUUUGGAGUACUGUUAUUAAUGCUAUUAUAAUAUCAGUGAUAUACAUUGAUUAUCAGUUGCACACCCCCAUGUAUUUAUUUCUCUGUAACCUGGCCUUAGUAGAUAUCUGUUAUACAACCACUACUGUCCCUAAUCUGCUGUACAUGUUACUAUCUGGAGAUAUUACAGUGUCCUUUAUAGAAUGCUUCACCCAGAUGUACUUUUAUUUUUUGUCUGGUUCCUCUGAGAUAAAUGUUAUAUUCAUUAUGGCAUAUGACCGAUAUGUUGCUAUAUGUGAUCCUUUACGCUUUCACACUGUUUUAAACCGGAAACACUGUGUUGUAUUUGCAUCUGGCACUUGGAUAUCAGGAUGCUUAAACUCAUUUGUGAUUACAAUACCAGCGUCACAUCUGUCCUUCUGUCAUUCUCGCACCCUAAACCAGUUUUUCUGUGAUGCUAAAGCUCUCAUCAACAUCUCCUGUGGUGGUAGUGAAGACUUUUCUAUUGUAAUCUAUACAGCAGUAAUGGUAUAUGGAACCUUUCCUGUCAUGUUCUGUUUGGCAUCAUACAUAAAAAUUAUCAGGGUCAUCUUGCAGACAAAAUCUAAGGAUGGAAGAAAGAAAGCCUUCUCUACCUGUUCAUCCCACCUCACUGUUGUCAUUAUGUUCUAUAUGACAAAUUUGUCUGUGUACCUUGUGCCACCAUCAGAUUACUCCAGUGUCCUAGAACCAGUGUUUAGUGUUCUGUACUCCAUUGUCACUCCCACAAUAAACCCUCUAAUCUACAGUCUACAGAAUAAAGAUAUGAAAAGUGCUCUGCUGAGACUCCUGGCGGUGGAAACCAAAUCAUGA